CUACUACAAAAUCACUGUCACCUGGCUUUCAAGUAGGAAUUUUAUUUGCGGUGUUUGUUUCCUAACUUUCACUAAGUCUAAGUGAUGUGAAAGAUCCCCAGCAUAUCUGUUUUUACCUUUUUAUUGUAAUCGUACAACCAUCAUGUAAAACAUAUGUUCUAUCAAUAAGCGAAAAAUUUAGAUAGAAUUGAAAGGCUAGCGUAACUACUGUCUGUCACGGUACCUACUCAUCGCUCAAUUCUGCAACUGUCACAUUUACAAGAGCUAGGUCAUCGUCUCAUGGAAAAAUAAUGCCAGUGAAAGUAGACAUUACACCACCUCCACCAGCUAAUUCAAAACAACCUGGUGUGACAAAAUCCCUCCUUUACAACGGCUCUAAAUUUCAAGGACAUCAAAAAAGUAAAGGCAACUCUUAUGAAGUCGAAGUAGUUUUGCAGCACGUAGACGAAGAAAAUUCAUACCUUUGUGGAUAUUUAAAAAUAAAAGGUUUAACAGAGGAAUUUCCAACACUCACAACAUUCUUUGAUGGUGAAAUAAUUUCAUCCAAAUAUCCCUUUCUAACAAGAAAAUGGGAUGCUGAUGAAGAUGUUGAUAGGAAACAUUGGAGUAAAUUUGACUUAUUUGUACCAUAUUUAAAGACUUUCAACUCGGAUUCAUUUGAUUAUGAGUCUCUAGCAAAGGCUGAUUAUGUGUUUAUGAGAUGGAAAGAACAUUUUUUAGUUCCGGAUCAUACAAUAAAGGAUAUAAAUGGUGCUUCUUUUGCUGGUUUUUAUUAUAUAUGUUUUCAUAAGUCUGCAGCCACAAUAGAAGGAUAUUAUUACCACCGGAGCUCAGAAUGGUAUCAGUCAUUGACUUUAAGUCAUGUUCCUGAACACAGCAUUCAAAUAUAUGAGUUCAGAUGAAAAUAUUUGUUACUAAAAUUUGGAACAAUAUUUUUGUGUCUACUAGUACUUACUUGUUCAUAAAAAAGAAAAGUAUUUGUUAAUAUUCAGAUGCAGAAAAAAAAGAUGGUUCAUUUCACCAACAAAAAUCAAUUAAAAACAUUUAAAAAAAACUAAACAAAAUGAGACAUGUCUGUUCUUGCACAUAUUUGAAUAACUGAGAUUCAUUGUUCUUGUUGAUCGAGAAAAAUGAGUGUAUUAUUUGAAAUUUUUCAUUGUAUUACUUAGUGUAAUUAUGUAGAUAAAGAAGUAAGUUUCAUGAUGCUGCGUAUGUGAUAAUUUGUACAAAUGACUUGAAUGUAAGUAGAUUAUUGUGUUGCUAGUCGUUUUUUUCUAUGUAGUGUUUUCCCAGCUUUUUUCUGUUUAGUAUCAAACGGCUUCCAUUUUUGUGGGCUGUGAUGAUAUAGAGUAAAUGCCUAUUAAGAUCAAUUAUUGCUGCCUUAUCAGUAUCAGUUUUUUUGUUUAUGGCAUAAAUAGCAAUUUUAGUCCAAAGUCAUCUUAGCUUCCAAUCAAAUUUAAUGAAAUAUGUGCAGGAUCAGAAAAUUUUGUUGUACAACUUGAUGAACAGACAGAACAGACCUUAAUUUUAAAUGUAGUAUCAAGAAUUCAAUAUGAUUUUAUUGAAGCAUUGAUAAAUACGUUUUUUUAAAUAAAACAUCUUAUAAAUAA